AUGCAUUUUCUACUAUCCUUUCUGUUCCUACUAUCCCUCGGUUGCGGGGUGCUCGCAGCACCCGCGCCGCGACAAGCUCAACCUCAAAGCCGGUCCUUCAAGGUUGAGCGAGUAAAGCGCGGCAACACCAUCAACGGCCCCAGUGCUCUGCGCAAAGCAUACCGGAAAUACGGCAUCGUCCCGACAUCCUUUGGGGUUGACCUGUCAGAUUUCGAGCCUCUCGACAAGACCCUUGACUCCGGUGCCAAUGUGUUUCUGGCCGAUGGUAAAGAGUUGGACCAGACGGGCGCCGUCAGCGCGGCCUCCGUGCAGAACGAUGCGGCCUUCGUCAGCCCUGUGACGGUUGGCGGGCAGAAGCUUGUUCUGAACUUCGACACUGGCUCGGCGGAUUUCUGGGUGAUGAAUUCCGAGCUCCCAAUGAACGCUCAGUCGGGACACACUAUCUUCAAUCCCGCGAAUUCGACGACUUUCAAGAAGAUGGAGGGUGCUACCUUUGAGAUCACGUACGGCGACCAGUCGUUUGCUACCGGAGGCGUGGGUACCGAUACGGUCGACAUUGGCGGUGCUGUAGUGAAGAAUCAGGCCAUCGGUCUCCCGAACAGCGUAUCCAAGUCUUUCAUUGAGGAUACCUACUCAAACGGCUUGGUUGGGCUGGGAUUCUCGUCUCUCAAUACGGUCCAGCCUCGCAAGCAGAAGACUUUCCUCGACAACAUCGCGGGGAGCCUGGACGAGCCUGUUCUGACGGCGCAGCUGAAGAGUGACGGCGUGGGCGAGUAUGAGUUUGGUGUCAUCGAUCAUGCCAAGUACCAGGGUGAUAUGAUCAACGUGACCGUGAACCCGUCGAAUGGGUUUUGGCAGUUCGAAUCGGCUUAUUUCAAGGUUGGAAAAGGAUCCCUUCAGACGCUGAAAGGCACGCCCACUGCCAUCGCCGACACUGGCACAUCUCUGAUGCUGCUUAGUGAUGUCGUGGUGGACUCCUUCUACGCCCAGGUACCAGGCGCACAGUUUAACAGCGGUGCCGGCGGAUACAUUUAUCCUUGUGGGACAGAGCUCCCCAGUCUCGCGGUGGCUGUAGGUGCGAAGCACUUGGCGACAGUCCCUGGUACGUAUCUCAACUUUGCGCAGGUUGGUACCAAUACGACCACAGGAAAGGCUGUAUGUUACGGCGGUGUCCAGUCCAACCAGGGUUCUUCUCUGCAGAUUCUCGGAGACUCGUUUUUGAAGGCAUUCUUCGUUGUUUUCGACAUGCGUGGACCAUCCAUCGGGCUUGCAUCGCCCGUAUGA